AUGCUGCCUGCUGCACGAGGCUGCAACACCUACGAGCGCGUGGAGAUCGAGAGGUGGCUCGAGACGACCACUGAGCCGAGGGAUCCCUAUAGCAACAUCCCGCUCCGGAGCAAAGACCUCCGAGAAAAUACGAACCUUCGCGAAGGGAUCCGGGAGUGGAGUGCGCAGAAUGCCGAGCACGUGAAGCAGAUGGCCGACCUUCAAAGGCAGCUCCGCGACGCGCAGCUGGCGCUGGAGACGGCCCGCAAGCACGUCCCAAAGCGGUUCGUGUGCGGCCUCUCGAAGCAGGUGAUGAAGCGGCCGAUCCGUGCAAGAGACGAGAAUCUCUACGACGAGACGGCCUUCCAAGAGUAUGUGCGAUUAAGCGAGACUUCCGGACAGCUGGUGUCCCCGGUGACGGAGAAGCCCAUGGAACCAGGCUAUGACCAUGAAGCCGAGUUGGAGGAGGAGAUCAGGCGGUUUCUGAAGGAGAACUUCCCAGCAAAGGAGCCGGCUUGGAGGCAGAGUGUCGUGAAGACUGCAGACGACGCUCCAGCCGAGUGGCCAGCCUUGAUGAGCACGAGGACAUUUGCGAAGCAGGCAGCGAUGACGGAGGCGGCGUUUCACGGCUCCGUCUCGUUCGAAGAGGGCUCGGAGAUCAAGACCGUAGUGAGCUUUCCCGGGCAGUACCAGGAGGACUGGCAGUGCCUCGUGCGGAGAUCGGUGAAGCGCAGCGCCUUCGAGAAGGAUGCAACGGAGGAUCCUGGCCAGCCCUGCCGGCACUACGUCUCAGGCAGCACCGCCUGUGUGUUUUUGCCUCAGGGGAGCAAGUUCUUUGGGGGCCACGUGCCCAACGAGGAUGGCACUUCGGACGUGUGUUGGUGCCAGGAUCUGUACGAGAAGAAGCAGUCCUUCGGCUGCCGGUGGUUCGAGGAGUGGCGCCUCCGUCUGCAGACCGCGGUGGAGAGAAAGCACACCCUGGUGGUGGUGUACAAGGCAGGCCAGAAAGGCGUCGGACGAGUGGGUCUGGCGUGGCCUCCUCGGAUCGAAUGCAGCGCGGCCAGGCGGGGGGACGCCGGGCUGGGCGUCUCGCAGCGCGGCGAGGUGGCCUGGCUCCUCCGCCACGGCUUGGCUUUUGAGGAGGAGGACAUCGACGACUACCGGAGAAGGCUGGCGGCGGACAUCAAGCUCGAGCUGAAGGAGUUGCAGAGCCCGCUGCCCUCCUUGCGUGCGUCUUGGCCGAUCUUUGUCAGCUCUUUCUGCCGUCCCGAGAAUUUUAAGAAGGCCUUCGUUCCGUUUCCGCAAGCGGAGCAUGCUGAGGACAUGCAGCCGCAGUUCAUGGCCCACCUCGACCUGGAACUAGACGGCCUCAGAGAUCGCAUAGCAGAUGAUUCCCACGCUUUGGACGACCAGGGGUCGCUCCACAGGCUCAGCGUGCUGUUCUCCGCGUUGGAUGAGCUGAACGACGUGUUGGUGGCCACCUUGGGCAGUUGGAGGGCGCCGUUUCUGGUGGUCUUCGGUGCCGAGAGCGUCGGCAAGUCCUCGCUGCUGCAGCGCCUGAGCCUGCUACCCUUCUUCCCGACCGACAAAAGCCGCUGCACGAGGAUGCCUGUGCGGCUGGAGAUCCGACGGACGGCGACGCCUCAUCCAGCCACGAUGCAGGUGUGGAAUGUCGUGGAGCAGAAGUGGGACGGUCCGGCGCGGAGCAUCUCCCUGGAAGUCAGCGAGUCCCAAAUCCACGGGGAGAUGAACAAGCUUGUGGAGGAGGCGGCUGGCGGCGGCGAGUUUUGCCUUGACAAAGAAAUCCACAUCAAAGCCAGCUCCACGACCUUGCCGCCGAUGAACUUAGUGGACCUACCAGGCUUGGUUCAGGCCGAUGCCGCCCUGGCCACGCAGACACAGCAGCUGCUGCAGAGGUACACGCAGGAUUCGCAAGAGCAGGACAUCUUCCUUGCCAUCGUCCCAGCUUCGGAGGCACCUGCGAACUGGGCGGUCAUGCAGCUGAUCAAGGACAGACACCUCGAGGAGCGCACCAUCGGGGUCAUCACCAAGUUCGACAGGCUUGGCGAAGAUGAGCACGAAGAUCUAUUUCCAAUUCUUCGGGGAGAGCAGGUGAAGGGUCUCGUGCCAUUGUCACAGCAUGGCUUCGUCGCGGUGGCGAACGUGACCAAGAAGCGAGAGCCUGGCGAGAGCUUCACGGAAUGGAUGGCGCGCAAGGCGCAGCUGGAGAAGGACAAGUUCGCCAUCGACUUGGAGAUGAAACCAUUCGUGGAGAAGCAGCAAGCCACCAUCGGGGCGGUUGUCCACAGCAUCAGCCGGGGCUACAGCUGGCACGUUGCCCACAACUGGCUGCCCCUCACGGCCAAGCGCCUGCUCGCCGUGUGGACUGGCUGCUGUGAGGAGCUCCUGAAGAUGGGGCUCCCCUUCGCCAGCGGGCAGCUGGAAGGAGCCGCCCUGGCGAAGUUCAAGGAUGCCGCGACCCGCGAGCUGAAGCGCCGGCUUGGUUUCGUUGUCAAGCGGGCCCACGAGCUGUUCUGGAGCGCCGCCGCGAAGCCCGUCCAGGAUUAUCUCAAGAAGCAGCUGGAAGCCCUUGCGUGCCAAGAAGUGAAGCUGCUGGACCGCCAGGAGCUUCCGACGUUCUUCGAGACGGCGUGCGAGGACAUCGUGGCGAAGUUGCCGCCGCUGGAGACCUUCGCCUCCGGUCUCCUGGAAGAGGCGCUGGCGGCUUUGGGGCCGCAGGAGGAGGACGCCUUUCGGCUGGAGCGCCUGCCGUGCCUCGUCGAGGAGCUGCAGAAGAAGCUGAGGGAAGCGCAGCCGCGCCUGGACGUGGAGAAGGCCAGAGACGGCAUUUCCAAGGUCCUGAGAUCCGCUUUCUUCGAGCAGAAGCACUUGAAGAUGGAGGCGGGCCAGGAUAAGACGGUGAAGGUCUCCUUCGAUGCCGAGAUGCUCGCCGCGAGGUUCGAUGGUGCUCUGGUGAGUGCCUUCGAAGGCUUUGGCUCGGAGAAGCAGAUCGAAGUCGAUGUGAUCUCUCCUGCCUUGGAGGCCACGCAGUCCGUGCCGGAGGCCUGCUUGGAGCUGCGCCGGCAGGUCUUCGCACGCAUGGAGAAGUGCGCGGAAGCACUGGAGAAGCUCGUGAAGACCAGGGCAUCACUCGCGGAGUCCCUGGAUUCCUCCAGCAAGGCCCUGGAGCCAAGGUCCAAAGUCUUGCAGCAGUGGCUCCUAGGAGAGGCCGUGCCCCUAGUGUGCGGAGCGAUCUCGGGCGACAGCCCAAGCGACCAGAGCUUCCGGUCCCCUGCUUGCAACUUCGUCACCUCCGUGCUGAGCGACAUGGUGGAGAUUCUGGCGCAGACGGCGUCGGAGGAGUUCGAUGUGGCGGCAUGGCAUGGACCGCUUAUUAGUAGAAAGGACCUCUGCCCUCCGAUGUCCGCAACGUGCUGUGCAACGGCCGCCGCUUUGGAUGGGAAGAUUUACGUGAUGGGCGGCGUGGAGACCGGAGGGCGCACGGUGCAGGUCUUUGACACGGCGAGCAGCUCCUGGGGCCAAGGGCCCACCCUCAGCUGCGACAGAGAGUUGGCUGCAGCCGCCGUGGUCGGAGAUCGCAUCUACGUGACGGGAGGAGUGGGCAACGGCGGCGCCCUGAGCUCCAUGGAGAGCUGGAGCCCCGGGAGCGGCGAGGAGGGCUGGAGCGAGGGCCCGGACUCGGGAAAGGGGAGGAGUGGCCACGCUGCCGUGGGGCUCGAGGGCAAGCUCGUGCUGCUGGGAGGCUCCGACGGCAGGAAUUUCCUCAACUCCGUGCAGAGCUUCGACCCAAGCACCCAGCAAUGGCAGGAGCUGCGGCCCCUGCACGAGCGGCGAAAUGGUGUGGCGGCCGCGGCACUUGGCGGCAAAAUCUACGCCGUGGGCGGCCACGACCGCUAUUCCAUUUUCUCCUCCGUCGAGGUCUUCGAUCCGGCGAAUGGCAGCUGGGGCUUUGGGCCGAGCCUGGGCCAAGCCAGGUGCUCCCACAAGGCGGCGGCGCUCUCGGAUGGGCGCCUCUACGUUCUGGGGGGCGACUUUUCCGAGGCCCUGCGCUCCACUGAGGUCUUCGACCCCAGCAGGGGCUGCUGGGCCAAGGGCCCCGAGCUGAAACACCCGAGAAAGAUGUUUACCGCCGCGGCCUGGGACGGGGCUCUUUAUGUGCUGGGGGGUGACGGCUUCUCCGAGAGCCAGAAGUCCGUGGAGGUGCUCCCGAACGCGGAGAUGCGGCUGAAGAAGGCCCAGGCCGCGGUCGCGACUCGGCGCCUCGAAGAGGCCUCCGAUUGGGUGGUCCGCGGAUAA